AUGGCUUUCCGGCGACCAUUGACGCUGGCUGCCUCGUCAGCGUCGCUGCUGUCUACAGCGGCUGCUCGGUCGCGGGCCGUUACUUCGAUGCCUCGAUUCAGCACCCGUUCAUCGUCCAGUUCGACUUCCGCUCUGGCUUACAAGGCAUUGCACCGCCGCUCUCCGCUGCCACUGCCUGUCUCGGACGCCUCUCCACAAUGGGACGCCCCGACGGCUGUCUCGUCGAUUCUGUAUGAGACACCGGUGCCCCCGAGCAACCCACCGAAGCGGCACGUCCUGAACUGCCUGGUCCAGAACGAGCCCGGUGUGCUGUCACGGGUCUCUGGAAUUCUGGCUGCCCGUGGCUUCAACAUUGACAGUCUGGUGGUGUGCAACACCGAGGUGGAGGACCUCUCGCGCAUGACCAUUGUGCUGCAGGGUCAGGACGGUGUCGUUGAGCAGGCUCGCCGCCAGCUGGACGACCUCGUCCCCGUCUGGGCUGUGCUGGACUACACCGACUCGGCUCUGGUGCAGCGGGAGCUCCUCCUGGCCAAGGUCUCUAUCCUCGGCCCGGAGUUCUUCGAGGAGCUGCUCCAGCACCACCGCGAGAUCAUCACCCCGGCCGAAGCUCUCGGCCAAAAGAACAAGGCUUCUGAGGCCCAUGCUGCCCAGCACAAGACUGAAUAUCACCCCCGUCACCUGCCCCAGAGCCAGGCUCUGCGCCACAAGCACGAGCACUUGGAUGCGAUCACCCGUCUUGCCCACCAGUUCGGCGGCAAGGUUCUGGAUAUCAGCACCAACAACUGCAUUGUGGAGGUCUCCGCCAAACCCUCCCGUAUCGACUCCUUCCUGAAGCUGAUCAGUCCCUUCGGUAUCCUCGAGUCCACCCGGACCGGCUUGAUGGCUCUGCCCCGUUCUCCUCUGUCCGAGCCCAGCGAGGAGAUAGAGAAGGACGCCGCCGACGUUGUCGACGCCAGUACUCUGCCCCCUGGCUAA